GACUAUAAGACUCAUUUCAGAUCCGUGGAUUCUGGUCUGUCUAUAACCCUCGCUGGGGGCUACCAUUUUCUUCUUUAGAUCGAAUAAUCUCUGCGGACGUCCCCAUCUUCGCUUCACUGACGAACUCUGUCACAGCUCUCUGCCAAUUGUAGUUGUUUUCUGGGAAGAUCUGGUUUGAUUUUGAAUCGGUUUGGUUUUGGGUGGUUUUCUGAUCCGGUAAUUUAAUAUUGAGUGUCGGAGAGACCGAACACUGUGGAGUUUGUUUCACUCGCGGGGUUCGAUGUUCGAUUUUUGGUCUAUUAUGCAGAAGAUCUAUGAGUUUUAGUGCAGUCAAAACGCCUAAAGUUGUGAAUUUUAGCUCGAUUUAGAGACCUUUGGCAGAGUCGUAGCGGUGGAUAACUGGAUCUAGUGGGAUUACUGUGACUGAAUCAGUGAGUUUCACCAUGGAGACCCUUGUGGUUGCUCAGCAUAGGAACCAGUACUACAGCGGAAGUAAACCCAGUGGGCCGGCCCAGUUUGGUUCGUCGCCGUCCAGAGACUUCAGAGGGAUCAAUUGCCGGAGUUACCAAUCCGGCGCAGGUAUACUACCGACCCCGUUGAAAGCUUGCUCUACUCCUGUAACCAAACCGUGCUUUUCUUAUCCUUCUGCACCUUUGCCUGAAACACCAUCCCCGACACACUCUGAUAGCAACACACACUCGAAAACAACUGUGAAAAGCGCUCCCAUUAAUAUCAACGCGAAAGCUUGUAACAAAGAGAGGGCUUUUAGCGAGGAUAUUGCUAACGAGAGGUUCUCAUUUUCUGAGCUCUGGGCUGGCCCCACGUACUCGAACUCGCCGCCGCCGAGUUCCUUACCGAUACCCAAAUUCUCGAUCCGGCCAAAGAGGACCGUGUCGCUUAACCUGCCCUGUUCGGCCCCUGAGAUGAUCAAAACGUACCACCCAAUGGCCAAGUCUGCACCUCCAUCGCCUACUAGGGAGCAUAACAGUUCUACCAGGGAUAUCUUUCGUAGUGCUGACUCUGCGACCAAGACCUUACGUCGCAUUCUUAAUCUGGAUGAGUGACAUGGUUUGGAGUGUGGGGCUCCUGUAAAUAAAUCUACUUUGAAAGCUUAGGUUAGUGUUAGAUUGUAUAUAGGGUGAAUAAAUUGGUCCGUAGUGCGAAUCUGUAAGAGUUUGUUUAUCUAAGUAAGCGAGGGCAAUGGCUGUGGUGGGUUAAUUGUCUCUGGGUUACACUGGGUUACACAUUAAGAGUUGAUGUGGAGUUGGGAUUGAGUUAUGGACUUGGAUUUUGGUCAUGGACUCAUGGGUAUAUCAUAGCGAGAGGAAUGUAUGCGUAUUAUGGGUGGGUUUUGCAGCACGGAUGGAAGCGAACUUUGAAGGUUUAGGAAGUAAUGCAUGGAAAUUUGCUUGAUUGAUUGGUGGAGCUGUUCUUUGGCAUGGAUAGAAUACCUUACUGCUGUUGAAUUUAUUGGGCCUGAAGGAAAAAACUUCUCUAGUUGAAUGUCAAAAGUUAUGAUGCCAAGCUUUCGGUUUAAGUUUAGGUUUAGGUCUUUGUCUCAGACCCUGUAUAUACUGUAGAAUCUGGAACUGACUACUUACACAAACUCCGUAGGCUUCUGUUUCAUUCUUGCUAUCAUCAUCUUCUUUAGUUGUUCUUAAACUUUAUUAUCCUUUGUUUCUCAUAGCCUAACUUUAUUAUCCUUUCUCAUACCCUGACAUUGAUUAGUCUCAAAGAUCAAAGUUGCCUCAAUCGGCUGCCAGAUGAUCUGCCUCCCUAUAACUCUUUACUCGCCUAUCAACAUCUCCCCUCUUCAUAUUUAUUGUUUCUUUUGUUGUGUUUGGAUCUUACUCGGUUCUGUACACUCUGCGGGGUGUUCCUCCCCAUUCACCGCUUUUCCUGUUUUUAAAGAGGGAAAAGUGGGGAGGGGUGUAGAUAGUAGUAGUUUGCUGCUCUGUUUUGUUGUAAGCCCCUUGUAGUUGCUUCUUCUUGUAACUGCAUAGUGCUGCAUCCAUCUUGAUCACCAAAAAGGUUUAUCUGCCUUGGAGGUUGCUGAUCGUACCAAGCCAUGCACAAGGGAGCCAGUCACAGAAGAAUCAUUGGUGGCUUUGCUAGUAGGAUGUGUUCGUGCUGGAUCUAGUGUUUGUAUGUGAGUCUUGUGAGGACCUGCGUGCAGUUUCUUAAUGUGGUCUCUUUUGUUUGAAAAAUGCAUUUUGUCCAUGUUUGGGUUUUUUAGUAUGUCGUUCCUGGAGUCCCCUGACCUAGUGGAGUCUAAUAUUAUGUAGUAUUUGGCUAAGUUGUUCUUAUCUUUUUCCUUAUCACGUUGUAUCAGACUGCAAUGUCAGUAUCUUUUGCAUUUAUGUCGAUGUUUAUGCCAUCAUUUUGCAUUGUGAUUUAUAUUAUUAUUUCUUGCUUUAAUUAAA